CUGGGGCUCGCCCGCUGCACGCCCCCGGCUGGAAGGGGUCGAGGAGCCGAUUGCUUCCGCGGUCCGCUGCCCUGUGCCUUCGAGAGCUGUCCCGUUGCUGCUGACGUCCCCGACACUGACACAGCUUUUCUUCCCAAGAAACAGAAUCACUUUCAAACUGGCGGAAGCAAUGGUUCACAUAAAGAAAGGCGAGCUGGCCCAGCAGGAAAAGGAGCUGCUGGAAGUCAUCGGAAAAGGUACUGUCCAAGAAGCUGGAACACUGUUAGCCAACAAGGAUGUUCGUGUUAACUGUUUGGAUGAGAAUGGAAUGACUCCUCUAAUGCAUGCUGCAUAUAAAGGAAAGCUUGAUAUGUGUAAAUUACUUUUACGACAUGGAGCUGAUGUCAAUUGUCAUCAACAUGAACACGGAUACACAGCCCUCAUGUUUGCUGCACUUUCUGGUAAUAAAGAUAUCACAUGGGUUAUGCUGGAGGCUGGUGCAGAGACAGACGUUGUCAAUUCAGUAGGAAGGACAGCAGCUCAGAUGGCAGCUUUUGUGGGUCAACAUGAUUGUGUGACUAUAAUCAACAAUUUCUUUCCUCGAGAGAGACUGGAUUAUUACACAAAGCCCCAGGGACUGGAUAAAGAACCAAAACUUCCCCCAAAGUUGACAGGCCCGCUGCACAAAAUUAUCACCACCACAAAUCUUCAUCCUGUCAAGAUUGUGAUGCUUGUAAAUGAGAAUCCCCUGCUGGCCGAUGAAGCAGCCCUGAACAAAUGCUACAAAGUGUUGGAUUUGAUUUGUGAGAAAUGUAUGAAGCAGCGAGACAUGAAUGAAGUCCUGGCUAUGAAAAUGCAUUACAUAAGCUGCAUCUUUCAGAAAUGCAUUAACUUCCUAAAGGAUGGAGAGAAUAAAUUAGACAUGCUGAUCAGAAGCUUGUUAAAAGGCCGAGCUACUGAUGGCUUUCCAACAUAUCAAGAGAAGAUCAUUAGAGAAAGUAUCAGGAAAUUCCCUUACUGUGAAGCUACACUCCUCCAGCAACUGGUGCGAAGCAUUGCUCCUGUUGAAAUUGGAUCCGAGCCCACGGCCUUCUCUGUCCUUCACCAAGCCAUCACCGGUCAGGUGGGCUUUGUGGAUGUUGAAUUUUGCACAACCUGUGGAGAAAAAGGAGCAAGUAAAAGAUGUUCAGUAUGCAAAAUGAUGGCCAACGUGAUUUCAAUUCUAAUUGUGUCAACGAAGAGCCACCACGUGCUGAGACCAGAGCCUCGCAAGACAGUGCCACUCCAGGGGAUUGUGCGGAAGGGGAGAAGGCACCUCGGCGGCGUGAGGCUGGAGCGGAAUGUGCACAGGAUGGGCCUGCGGGUCCACUGGCGCCGGAGGAGUAAGGGACACCAAGUGUUCCUCACCCGCACAGGUAGCUGGGCACACGUGACCGUGACCAUGCCGCCCUCAUUGCCUCGUGACAUCUGCAUGGCACUGUGACAAGAUCCCACAUUUCUUAGUAUAGAUGCUGCCAAGCAAAAUUCUGCCUAUUCCACCCUAGUUUCUGACUGAUUUCUGAUCCGUAAUUGGACACACAUUCCUAUCCAAAGUUCCCCCCCCCGCCCCCCUACACUGGUGAAACCAUUUCUACUUCCGUUUUGAAAUCUACUUUGGAGCAAUUUUUCUCAAAGGAAAAAAAAAAUCCCUUCAGAAAACCGAGGAGGAAACGGAACAUGUGUCAGAGAAGUGGCUUUUAUAGGAAAUCGCCAAGAAGGGUAGUUAAAAGUUAUUUAUAUGUAAAUAAAAUUCAUACAACUCUGAGGGUAAGUCAAAAAGUAUUGCUGCCAGGGUUCUAGUUUGUACACGAGCAGGUUUAUUCCCGACCUCUCUGCUAUCAUUUGGGGAUAUGGCUGCAGACAAGCCCUCUCACAAAUGCACUUGUCCUGGUCUCACUAGGAUGCCUUCAACAGAAAGUCCAAAUAAAACAGUGACUUCAAGGGAGAGUUCAAUUCAAAGGAGAGGUCAACUCAGCAGCUUAGGAAGACUUUUUAUAAAAAUUAUUCCAAAGGUGUGAUCUUAAGUGAUUUUCUUGAAGGGCACUGUGAUCCUGGGAGCUUUGUGGACCAAGUGUGAAGAAAGUGGGGAUGCUGCCUUGCUGAGAAAAGGGCCAGGAAAGAUGAUGCGCCUGCUCAUUCGUCAAGGGCCCUAAGGGCUGCCCUAUGAGAAGUUCAUUGAGAAACCUUGCCCCAGUCUUUAGAAGUAUAGAGACCUAGAUGGAAGCCAUGUUGAGAAGCCAUGGCUUCACAUUUUGAUAAGGUUACUGUGAUUUUGUAGCAAUUCUUUUUGACUUACCCUGAUAGCGUUUGCAAGCACGAACUUCCUACUUAUCAGGGUACCAUGUAAUAAUAAUAGCAAAACUUCAUGUUAAAGGAUGUUUUUGCCAUAGCUGAGCGGAUGGUAGUAUUUUUAUAGAAAGUAUCCUGCGCAUUCUGAACUCUCUAUAGUUCCUGCAGUGUUUUUUUAUCCUCAGCAUUUAUACUUUCAGAAAUGGUCAGUCCUUCAGAAGGAACUGCAGCAUAGCUAGAUUCUCUGCGCAUGUGCACUAAGAGGGAUGGUUCUUCACGUUUAUUUUUUUUAUUAAAUAAUUGCUAAAUAUGCCUUUGUCAGACUAAUUCAAGUGCCAUACUCCCAUCUGGAAGACUGAUUAUUAUUUCUUGUGUUUUCAUCUGGCUUUUCCCGUCCAGAAAUCAUGAGUCACAGCGAUCAGUUGUGGAAAGUCCUAGCACUAGGUUUCAGUCUAGACCAUAUUUAAGCAGACCAAGAGCAAGUGAUAGCUGGAGAGUUCUGUUUCCAAGUGCCAUGUAUUGAUUGUGCAAUAAAGUGUGUCUACUAUUGUAAA